GGAAUCCGAAAGGCAGUAGGACUUGUGUUUCUUGUCUCUCUAUAUAUAUAUAUAUAUAUAUAUGUAUAACAUUUUUCACAAUCCAUAAAUCAUUUUGUAGUGUACGUAAUUUAUUUGGGACGAAGAAGAUCAAUAGAUCCAUCGUAAAGAGAGCUGGAAAUGGGUGGAGUUCCUAGUGGGUAUCACUUCCUUCCUACAGAAGAAGAGCUGCUUGGAUACUAUUUGACGACGAAGGUCUACCGUACUGAUCCAUUGUUUAACAACAACAUCAUUCCUGACUAUUGUGAUGUAUUCCACACCAUCCCGGAGGAUUUGCCAGGUGAACCUAGGAUCAAAAGAUAUUUCUUUGUCAGAUCUUCUGACGCUAACAAACUCAACACAACCACCACCAGUGGCGGUGGUUACUGGGAGGCGAUUGGCACAGAAGAAGAUAUUGAAGUAGUGUUUAGAGGCAAAAAAGUGCGUGCGAUGAAGAGAUUGCUGGUUUUCUAUAGAGAGACGGACGUCCCAACUCCUUGGGUCAUGCGCGAGUAUCGUCUUCUACACUCUGAUGACGUCAUCCCCAAUUCUACCGAGAAAUGUUCCGGAGCAAAAGAAGAUUGGGUGGUUUGUUGCGUAAAAGAGAAAAAAACAAAACCUGUGUGUGAUAGUGAGGAAUUGUUUGUGACUGGGUCUCCUGUUAUGGAUUUAACAUCCGAUGAAGAAGACGACUCCGAGCUUCCUCGACCUUCCUCUUCUUCUUCCUCUUCUUCUUCCUCUUCCAGUUAGGGCAAUUUUUUUUUUUUUUUUCUCCUAAUAAAUGUAUUGAUGGAUUACUUAUUUAACUUUGAGUAGAAUCACAUUUUUUGUUA